GCCUGCCUCCGUGUUGCGGAUACAUUUGCUGUUGCUCUGUUGUUCUAUAAUGUCUGGAAGAGGAAAGACCGGAAAGGCCCGCGCCAAGGCGAAGACCCGCAGCUCCCGGGCGGGACUCCAGUUCCCAGUCGGCCGUGUCCACCGUCUCCUGCGGAAAGGUAACUACGCCGAGCGGGUCGGCGCUGGCGCCCCGGUGUACUUGGCGGCGGUACUGGAAUACCUGACGGCUGAGAUCCUGGAGCUGGCCGGGAACGCCGCGAGGGACAACAAGAAGACCCGCAUCAUCCCGCGGCACCUCCAGCUGGCUGUACGCAACGACGAGGAGCUGAACAAACUGCUCGGCGGCGUUACUAUCGCCCAGGGAGGUGUUCUGCCCAACAUCCAGGCCGUGCUGCUGCCCAAGAAGACCGGCCAGGCGGCACAGAGCUCCGGCAAGGCGGGAAAGAAGGCCUCUUCUCAGUCCCAGGAGUAUUAGCCCGCCGGCUAACUUUAACUGAAAAACACAACGGCCCUUUUCAGGGCCACCCACCCAUUCACCGAAAGAGCAGUGUGUCCUGUGUAUUUACAUUUCUUUCUUCCCUUUCUGUCUGUGACUUAUUAAAAACGUGGUUUUGUAUCCUGAA